AAAGGCGCGGGGCGGAAGUGGCUGUUGCAUUUUGGCUGCCACAACUGCGCGGCGGUGCAGCAACCUGCGGGACGUCUGCUACGCCUGCCCGCGGCCCAGCUGCUGCCAUGACCCGGCCCAGCCGGCUGCAGAAACAAAUUCUGAGCCUGUACCGCGAGCUGCUGCGCGCCGGGCGCGGGAAGCCGGGCGCCGAGGCGCGGGUGCGGGCCGAGUUCCGGCAGCACGCUAGUCUCCCGCGCUCCGACGUUCUUCGCAUCGAGUAUCUGUACCGCCGCGGGCGGCGGCAGCUCCAGCUGCUGCGUUCCGGCCACGCCACGGCCAUGGGUGCCUUCGUGCGUCCGCGAAGCCAGACUGAGGAGCCCGGAGGCGCGGCUGCCCCGGGGACCCCGCUUGACGAUUGUGAUGGUCCUGGGAACCCACACAACGGUAUGGGGACACCGGAGACCCGACCCGAUGUACAGUGACGGGCAGAAGAGCUCACUCGGUGACCCAGGAGCUCCCGCUUGACAGUUUGGGGAGGACCGGGACCUCAUCCUCCGCACGUUGUGGGGACAGCCACGUGGUGCACGGGAAGAGAUGCCCGACCUUUCCUAAGUAUAGUGACAGGUCAGACCCCGCCCCUCCUCCGCCGCAAGGGCUUAGAGCGGCCUGGGAGGCCAGUAAGGCUUGACAGUGUCAAGCUGAGAUCUACUUACCCAAAGGCAUGAGGAGCCCAGACUUCCCCCACACCAUGGCCAGAGAGAGCUUGACAUCCUUCUCUUGACCUCUGAAAACACCCACCCCGGAUUCUCAAGGACUGCUCCUUGCUGUAUUUAACUCUAAGAAGAGCAGACUUGAUGAAUGGUGAGAGGCCUGGAAUCCCCAUUGGAAGCCCCCCUCCAUCCAUUUGACAUCAGGACCAUGAAGAGGGCAUUAGGAAUCUGUCACCCCAGGUGACCGAUAAAGACUCCCUGCUUCAUGAUCCUAAGGGGCAGCCCUGCCUCCUGGGCUCCUUCCCUUUCCAUUGAACAAAGGGAAUAAAAUUGAGGCCGUGCUUAUUUCUCUGUUGAUGGUCUGAAAGAUUUUAUGUAUUUGAGGAGUUUUAAAGACACACACUGAGAAGUGGCCCUCUGAGAGAUAAUGGAUGUAGAGAGCUUUUUUUCCUCUGGAGCCCUUCCUUGGGCAGAUCAAUGGAGAAGACCCACCCUAGCUUUAACCCAAAGAGACCCCACUUGUUUAUUGGGGAGAAAUGAGGUAGGAGAGGAAAGGAUGGAGCUGGUGACCCCUGAGGCAAUAGUAAGGGAUCUCAAAACUCUCCACCUUCCUCAAUGCUGACAGGAAUUUCAGCCCCAGCUACACACUGGGAGUUUUGUCAGUAAGGCCCAGGGGCAUGGAGCAGAGAGGUGGACCCACAGACCGUCCUCAUAUUAAUCUUCCCUGAUUGACAGAGUACUGCAUUUUUAUAUUUGGACCCUCGUUAGUAAAGUACAUGGAAAACAGAUAAAUCUUGGUAGAUACAGUUUGGGGGAGUAAAGGAGCCCAGACCUUGGACUGAAUGAAGGACAGACAGAAAAACAUGGUCACUGCCCUAAUCCCAGUAAAGGACCCAGGCACCCAAAUAAGACUGAGAUGCAGGAUCCCAGGUGGGGCCUAGAGGGCUCCAGAGCAGAAGGCUGUGGCACUGCUAGCAUGUGGUAUCUCUUCCAGCUUUGUUUUUAGUCCUCACCAUGGGACUUCAAUGACUUCUCCAUCUCUGCCUGUUUUUUCAUCAAGGUCACCCUGGUUUUGUUGUCAUUCUUGUUUGUUGUGCUGGACUCUUGCACAUUCGAGGCAAGCUUUCUACAGCCCCAAGGUGGUCCUGUUAAUCCUACCCUGCCUCCAUCUCAAAUUAAGGCUGAAGGGCCGGGGAUUUAGCUCGGUGUUUCUGGCACCUGCCUUGCAAGCGCAAGGUCCUGAGUUUGAUCCCCGGUACUAAAAAAAAAAA